AUGUCUCUCGGUUUUGACUUGAGGCGGCAUUAUUUCCCGGAGCUUUAUUCGAAUAUUUGUACGAAGCUCCUUCCUAAUGGUAGAUCUACGAUCCGUUGGCUCAGAACGGCUUCUCCGGAAACAAGCGAACUCACAGCAAUUGCGGUGACAAUAAGCAAUUAUGAGCCUGUAACCCUGUUGGUUCAUUCCAAGGAUCUCUCCGAGGCAGAGACAGCAUUCCAGAGCUGCGGUACUCAUGGCGUAGAAGUCAAGCCUACCGAUAUGGAUGACCUGGAAAUCUGGAUGCGCGAUAUUGUGCCGGCAUAUGUCUGUGCGCGCCUCGCUAAGCAAUUCCUAGCCGACAGCAGUAUUCCACGAGUGGAUACCCCAAUAAUUCUGGAAGGUGGGGCCCUGGAAACGGACGAAGGGACGUUACUAGUAACGGAGAGUUCCAUCCUCAACCCCAACCGCAACGCCAAUCUCAGCCGAGAGACUAUUGAGAAAGAUCUUUGCCGGCCUUUGGGCAUAUACAAGAUUAUCCGAGUCCCUGGUCUAGAGGAUUACGAGGUGACCGAUGCUCAUAUCGGCGGCUGGGUCCGCUUUGUCGCUCCCGGCAGAGUCGUCUUGAAUGACUCCGGGCCAGACAGACACUUGUCGACAGACGUUUAUGACACGACCAAGAAAAUAUUAUCCUUGGCGACGAAUGCCAAAGGGCGGGAUUUCGAGAUUGUUGACCUUCCUGAGGCGGUCAUUAUGCCACGAUUUGGAAAUGUUAAAGCCGAUGCUAGGGCUAGAGAUAUCCUUCAAGCCCUUUUUACAGAGCGAAAGGUAGUUCAGGUAUAUCUUGGAGAGAUUGCACUCACUGGGGGUGGCAUCCAUUGUGUGACGCAGGAUGUCCCAGGGGAGAAUAGAUAA